CUCCUCCUCCUCCUCCUCCUCCUCCUCCUCCUCCUCCUCCUGCCUGUGGCAGUGGUGCUGGUGGGAAGUCGGCCCAGCAAGAAGGGAACCCCUGGGGCCCGGCCUGAUCCUCCAUGGUGUGCGCGCCGGUGCGGGCGGCUGCCGGCUGCCCCGCGGGGCGCGGGCAGCUCCUGGGCCUGCUGGCGGGGGCCCUCGCCCUGGGCGUGGCGCGCGGCCACCGCGGAGUGGACGGCGCCCUUGCCGAGGUGCUGGCCGUCGACGGCGCCGGGCGCUUGCUGGGCCGCCGGGGGCAGCCGUCGCGGCGGGCGGCCCAGGCGCAGGGCCUCGGCGCAUCGGACCCGUACAACGUCAGCCUCAGCGUCGGGGGCUCCGGCGGCACGAGGGCCACGCUCAACCUGUCCAUAGAGGUCACCACGAAGAGCGGCCAGCCUGUGCAGGUCGCCCCGGCGGGCGGCCAGGAGGCGGAGGGCACCCCGAAGGGCGGCUCGCCCACUGCCGUGGCCCGCGCCCCUGGGGGCGAGGCCGAGGAGCUGGAGGUGCCCGUCAACGGAUCGCGCGAGGCGACGCGGACAGAGGCCGGGAAGGUCGAGGAGCCGGAGGUGCCGGUCAACGAUGUCGAUGGGCAGGCACGGGCGAGGCGCCCGAGGGGCAGGCCGAGGUCGACCGGCUGCUGGAGCAGUGGGCGGACGGGUCGGCGACGCGCGACGACGAGCCGGCCGACGAGCCGCGCGAGGGGCCGCUCCCGCAGGCAGGCGCGGGCAGGGAUGUCGAGGAGCCGGAGGCGCCGCUCGACGAGGUCGGCGGGUCGGCGGUCGACGAGCCGGUCGACGAGCCGCGGAGCUUCGUGCCGCCCCUGCCGCCGCUCGACGAGGUCAGCGGGGCGGCGGUGGACGGGUCCGCCGGCGAGCCGCGGAGCCUCGGGCCGCCCAUGCCGGUGGACGCCGACGGGGAGGCCGACGAGCCAGAGGUGCCGGCCAGCGGCUCGAGCGAGCCGCCGCCGACGACGAAGCCGCCGCCCACGCAGCUGGGCGCGGGCGGGGAGGCCGAGGAGCCAGAGGUGCUGGUCGACGACGUGGACCGGUUCGUGCAGGAGUGGGCGGACGGGUCGGCGACGCGCGACGGCGAGCCAGCCGACGAGCCGCGCGAGGGGCCGCCUCCGCAGGCAGGCGCAGGCAGGGAGGUCGACGAGGUCGGCGAGUCGGCGGUCGACGAGCCAGUCGGUGGGCCGGGCACGACGCGGAUGCCUCCGCUGCGGCCAGGCACGGACGGUGGCGUCGAGGAGGGGGUGGUGCCGGUCGACGAGGUCAGUCUGCCGCCGCCGCCUCCACCCCCGCAGGUGGACGACGCGGACGAGGAGGAGGAGGAGGAGGAGGAGGAGCCAGACGUGCCGAUCAACGAGGAGCCGCCGGCCCAGAAGGCGCCCCUCGAGGUGCAUCCGGGCGCGGGGAGCGAGGAGGCUUCUGCAGACGAGAACGCCACCAACGAGUUUUUCCCUCCUCAAGCUGUGGAGGUUGAGGCUGGCGACUGGAAUACCACUGAGGCGACGGCAGACGAAAAUGCCACCGCGGUGGGAGACAUCAAUGAUAAGCUGAUCAAGAAGCUGACCUUGAAGACCGAGGAUGCCGCCGAGGAAGAGGAAGAGGAGGAGACAGGGGCUGCCAAAGAGAAUGACACCGUGGGUGAGGAGGAUGUUGAUAAGGCCUACGCUGUCACAGAGAAAACCACCGAGGAGGACGAGGAUGAGGAUGAGCAGGAGGAUGGAGAGGAAGAUGAGGAGGAGGAAGGAGAGAAACGGGUUGCCAAAGAGAACGCCACCAAUAAGGCUGGGGAGGUUGCUGAAGAUAAUGCCACCGAGGAGGACGCUACCGAGAAUGCCGCCGAGGUGGAGGAUAUCAAUGAUAAGCUGAUCAAGGAGCUGACCUUGAAAACCGAGGAUGCCACCGACGAAGAGGAAGAGGAGGAGCCAGGGGCUGCCAAAGAGAAUGGCACCGUGAAUGAUGAGGAGGAUGUUGAUGAGGCCUACGCCGUCACAGAGAAUACCACCGAGUUGAAAGACGAUGUGGAAGAGCAGGAGGAUGAAGAGGAAGAAGAGGAGGAGGAUGAAGAAGCGGAACGGGCUGCCACAGAGAAUGCCACCGAGCUGGCUGGGGAGGGUUCCGAAGAGAAUGCCACCGAGCAGGAUGCCACCGAGAAUGCUACCGAGGUGGAGGAUAUCAACACUAAGUUGAUCAAGAAGCUGACCUUGAAAACCGAGGAUGCCACCGAGGAUGAAGAAGAGGAGGAGACAGGGGCUGCCAAAGAGAAUGACACCGUGGAUGAGGAGGAGGAGGAUAAUGUUGAUGAGGCCUACGCUGUCACAGAGAAUACCACCGAGGAGGAAGAGGAUGAGGAUGAGGAGGGGGAUGAAGAGGAAGAGGAGGCGGAGGAAACAGAGCAACGGGUUGCCAAAGAGAAUGCCACCAAGCAUGCUGGGGAGGCUGCCGAGGAGAAUACCACCGAGAAGGGUCCUACCAAUAAUUCCACCGAGGUGGAGAUUGUCGAAGAGAACUCCCAUGAGCUGGCAAAGGAGGAAAAGGUGGACGUGCCUCUGACAGCUGAGGAUAGUGCCACGGAGGAGGAGGAGGAGCAGGAUCUUGCUGAGACAGAGGCUGCUACUGAGACUGCCACCGAUGAGGAGGAGCAGCAGGAGGAGGAAGAGGAGGAGGAGGAGGAGGAGGAAGAAGGGACAGGGGCUGCCAAAGAGAAUGCCACCGCGGAGAAGGGGGAGGUUGCGGGAGAGAACGCCACCGAGGAGACGGUUACCGAGAACGCUACCAAGCUAGAGGCUGCCAAGGAGAACGCCACGACUUGGCUGGCAACUGAGUUUAACGGCACCGAGGAUGAGGAGGAUGUCGCUGACCGGGCAGAGGCUCGCAACCACUUCACCGAUGAUGAUGAUGAUGAGGAGGAGGAGGAGGAGGAGGAGGAGGAGGGAGGAGCGUGGGCUGCCACAGAGAGUGCCACUGAGGAGGAGGAGGAGGAGGAGGAGGAACAUGAAGAGGAGGAGGCAGGGACUGCGAAAGCGAACUCCAUCGAGCACGAUGCGGAGGCGGGGCCCGCUAGCAAGAGUGCCACAGAGACGGCGGAGGGGCCAGAGGUUCGUGGUGGCUGGGCGACCACAACUGUGACCACGCACCUGUUUUGGGCGCACGCCCAUCCAGGGCCCCAGGAUCUCGGGUGGGUGGUUUUGGGGGGUGACUUGCAUGCGGGGUGGAGAACAGGGACCCUGGAGGGCUCUUUUCUCAAAGGGAUUCAAAGGCGGAAAAACCAC